GAAAGUCUGCUGUAAGUAGUAUAUACAUUGAUUACAGAGCAACACUUGAAAAUUCAUCUAGUAUUUCGGUGAGGAAGGAAAGUGAUGAUUAGAAAAAAUAAUCAGGCGCCACAUUGAUAGAGGGUUGUAUAAUGAUGUGGUUUACAAUUAGUCUAGAUAGCCUCAUAAAGCAAUAGUUGGUCUGAUUAACGAAAAUUCAGGUGAACGAAUACAGCAGAGAUGGGUAUUCGCGAUAAUGGGAUUUCUAGCGUUGAUAAACGCGUAUACGAUGCGCGUAUGUUUAUCAGUUGCGAUAACGGAGAUGGUUAUAAACACCGGUGCUUCAAAUCCUAAUGAUGAUUCCUGCAGUUCCGUUGCAACGAUCCUUCCGAAUACCACGUCAAUCGACGCAACGUCCGAUACCUCAUCGUCAUCUUCCUCUCGCUCAUCCUUGCCUCUUUAUGACUGGGACGAAAAGCUUCAGGGUAUGAUCCUCUCGAGUUUCUACUGGGGUUACGUCCUGACGCAAGUACCGGGUGGUCUACUCGCCGAAAAAUUUGGCGGCAAGCAUACCCUUGGUCUGGGUAUUCUAUCGACCGCAAUCUUCACUCUACUCACACCGAUCGCAGUCGCUAGGGGUGGCCCGACCGCUCUGAUAGUGCUUAGAAUUUUAAUGGGCCUUGGAGAAGGGACGACGUUUCCAUCGAUGAAUCAUCUCGUCGCCCAAUGGGCUCCGCCGUCCGAAAGAUCGAAAAUCGGCUCACUGGUUUUCGCCGGUACAGUGGCUGGUACCGUCACCGGAAAUGCACUUUCCGGUAUCCUGAUACACUCCUACGGUUGGACGUCGGUGUUCUACUUUUUCGGUAGCCUCGGAGUGAUCUGGUUCACGGUUUUCUCCCUCGUUUGCUACAGCAGCCCCUACGAGCAUCCGUUCAUUUCGGCGAAAGAGAAAAAAUACCUAACCGACUCCAUGAGCGUUCAUACUCACAGAAAUAUACCUCCCACACCGUGGAAACAUAUUUUCAAAUCGAUACCGCUUUGGGCAUUGACCGUCGCCUUCGUCGGACAGGAUUGGGGUACUUUUACCCUGACUUCUGACCUUCCGAAGUACAUGCACAGCGUAUUGAAAUUCUCCGUAAAAGCGAACGGUAUUCUGUCGGCACUGCCGUCUUUGUUCAUGUGGUUAGUUAGCAUGCUAUCUUCCUGGAUCGCAGAUUGGAUGAUAAACCGCGAUUUUAUGUCAAGGACGAACGUGAGGCGUAUGUUUACCACCGUAGGUUUCAUGGGGGCGGCCAUUUUUAUAAUAUCGGCAUCAUACGCCGGGUGUAACCGCACUUUGGUCGUAAUUUUAUUCGUCAUCGCCAUGGCAACAAAUGGUACCGUCUAUCCCGGAAUGAAGGUGAACGCUCUUGACCUGAGCCCAAAUUAUUCAGGGACAAUUUUGGCUCUGGCUAAUGGAAUUGGCGCUUUAUCGGGAAUAGCGACACCGUACGUAGUCGGCGUUUUAACGCCCGAUCAAACCGCCGAAGAGUGGAGGAUCGUAUUUUGGAUCGUGUUCGUUUUUUACGCAAUAACAAAUCUAAUUUACUUAUUAUACGCGAGCGGAGAUGUUCAGAAAUGGAAUGACCCGGAUUUUCUGAUAAAAAGUAAAUUGGAUCAGGAAAGCAACAAAGGGUGCAAUAACGCAAAUAACAAACAGACUCCAAUCAGCAAUUAUCAGUUGAGAAGAUUAUCCGUUCAUUGAAUAAAUUGAAAUUCGCUAUCUUCAAUAUCAUUUCUUUUGUUGUCGCUGUUUCAUCUUUUUUCUAGUCUUACUUUAUUGUCCAUAAGAAUCAAUCGAGGGCAUAAAUAAUUAAGUCGUGCGUCUCGCAAUGUUCAUUUUUGCUCGAUAUACUGAACCAACAUGCGAAAGAUAAAAACAUCAUUUCUCAACGAGUCAUUCGUCUAUUGAAUGUUCGGUCUAUGCAUCGGAUUUUUGUUAGAAUUUCUAUUUUUUAUUUAUUCAUAAUAUUUUCGGAAACGAGGUCUUUUACGCCAAGCGUUGCAGCCUCAUUGUUUCAAAAAAAAAAAAAAAAAACAGCUGUUCGUGUCCAUAAAGAAAUGGUAAUUCA